AUGCCACUUCUGAAAUGCAGCCGAAACAGUUGUGAGCAAUCCUUGUACAUUAAGCAGCUAAAACGUAUACUACUGUACAGCACAGGACCCGCAUGCAUGCGAUUCUCGUCCUCAAUCGGCGAUUGUUUUCUGCCAGGUCUUACUGCCAAGAGAUGUAGAUAUCGAAAUCUUGGAAAUCUGCUCAUUUGCGGUGUUUUCUGUUUAUCGAUGCUCCAACUUGCUCAACUGAAACUAGGGCGAGCAAACAAUAGCAUAGCAUGUUCUGUAGGGCUGCGUGCGUUCGCUGCUGCGAAAUCGGUCAGUCAUUCGAGUCUCACUCUGCUGCAGAUGAUUUGCAUUUCGCGUUGCGGGCCGCCGCCUGGUAUGAGCGACCUGAGCGUACACAUGUCGUUGAACUCGUUCACGAGCCGCUGUACGACGUCGCACACAGAACAGGGUGGUACCAGGGCUUUUGUCUCGUACAACGGACGGGAAACAUACCCUGAACUCGCAUAA